CAGGUGUUACACUCUGACGAAUUACUAUCAAAAAAACACAUAAAUCUGUCUGAUAAGCCAGCGGAAUCGAAGACUUGCCGUUUCUCUUUCCUUACGGCAGAUUAUGGACAGUGGGGAAAGGGAUUUGGAACUAUUCCUGGCAGCCAAGCAUCCUGGCCUGCUGGCGGAGCAACAGUCUAACGGUGCUUGCAUUAUUCGUGGAGUUCUCUGCAGUCAAGGAAACUGGCGUCGCUUGAAGCUUUAUGUACCCCAUUAUCCCUCACUCCAUGGCUUCCAGCUGUACGUUCAGGAACACUUGGAAUACAAGCUUUAUACAGCUGAUAACCUGAAGGUUCAGGAUGACUGGCUGCUGGAGGACUUGCUGGGAAAUCUAGAAGAGAUUCUGCCCAUCAAAGAAGCCAUAUCCUGCAUUAAGGAUGCCCGGGAGGAGGGAAACAUAUACGCCGACAUCCUGGCGCUAAACAAGCCCAAGGAGUACCGUCUGCAGACCAACGAUGCCUGUUCCCGGAUUCGUUUCUGCGAGUUUGUCGACUACGAACAGCAUUAUUUGGAACUGGAGGUGCCCUCUCUGCGACUGCUGCAGCACAGCCUGCCCGACUGCGUUCCUUUGGCUGAAAUGAUGGUCAAGAGUGCGAGGUCUUUGGAGGAGGUACUCAUACUCUUCCGCAAGUUGCUGGAGGAGCUGCGUCCCUUUUACGACAACUUCAUGGACAUUGACGAGCUGUGCCAUGUGCUGCAGCCAUCUCCCGUUACCACCAAGCACAAUUCGCGGGUGUUCCCGCUCAAGGAACGCGUCUUCCUCAAGGUGACCAUCGUUGACCCCUUCGCCUGCAUUGCCUCCAUGGCUCUGAAGAUCAUUGGGCCAACGGAGGAGGUGGCUCGUCUGCGGCACGUGCUGAGCGACGGCCUAGGGAACUGGGACCCCGAACUGGACAUGCACAAGAACCUGCUCCGCAUCUUCGAUCUGUGCUACUUUCCCAUGCCGGAGUGGACCGAUGAUCCCAAACAGAAGGAGCAGGAUGACGAGGAUAAGCGCUGCAAUAUCUGCUUUGAAUACCGCCUGGACGGCGGAGAAGUGCCCCUCGUUUCCUGCGACAACACCAAGUGUGUGCUCAACUGCCAUGCCGCCUGCUUGAAGGAGUGGUUCCAGACCCUGAUGGAGGGCAAGACCUUCCUGGAGGUCUCCUUUGGUUUGUGCCCCUUCUGCAAGGCGAAACUCUCCACCUCCUUUGUGGCCCUUUUGGAUGACUUAUAGGCCAAGAUCCCGCUCAGUAUUUCUUUGAAAUUAAUUUAAAAAACCUUUUUCCAGUGUAACUUAGAGAAAA